AUGACGCUGGCUGAGGAGUUCCGUUCGCGAAAUUUCAGCAUCUACGGGCAAUGGACCGGCGUGCUGUCCAUGAUCCUCUGCUUCGCCGUGGGAAUUUCUAACUUUUUCGCGGCACCGCUCCGCAUCAUCUUCGGGGCGCUAUGUUUUGCCUCUUCAUUCAUCAUCCUCUUCAUUGAGGUGCCAUUCCUCCUCCGCAUCUGCCCGACCUCCUCCACCUUCGACGCCUUCAUCCGCCGCUUCACGACCAACUGGAUGCGCGCCGCCAUGUACACUAUCCUCAGCGCCAUCCAGUGGGCCAGUCUGGUCUCCGGCGCCUCCAGCUUGAUCGCCGCCGCCGUGACACUCAUCCUGGCCGCGGCUUUCUACGCGCUUGCGGGCCUGAGGAGCCAGGAGUUUGUGGGUAGCAAGACUCUUGGCGGCCAGGGUAUUGCACAGAUGAUUGUCUGA